AUGGGUUCCAUUGAUACUCCAACGAGGUUGCUGGCGCUGCCGGGAGAUUUAUGCGAUUAUGAUGCUUUGUUGAUGGACCAGUUCCUUAACGUUCUUCAGGAUUUGCAUGGCAAAGACAUCACACAAACGGUUCAAGAUUGCUAUGAGCUGUCUUCUGAGUAUGAAGAAGAGCAUGACCCUGACAAGUUGAAGCAGCUCGAGAACAAGCUGACUGGUCUUGAUGCUGGGGACUCAAUCAUGGUGGCCAAGUCAUUUUCUCACAAGCUGAAUUUGGCCAACUUGGCUGAGGAAGUUCAGAUGGCCUACCAAAGAAAGACUGAGUUAAUAGAGAAUUGUGACUCGGAUGAUGAGAACACUGAAUCAGACAUUGAACGGACCUUCAACAAGCUUGUGAAGAAGAAGACUCCUCAAGAAGUUUUUGAUGCUUUGAAGAACCAAACUGUAGAUUUGGUCCUUACUGCUCAUCCUACUCCGUCUGUCCGUAGGACAAAGAUUACCCCCUCUUUCAGGAUAAGGAAUAUCUUAAUCCAACCCAUUCAAGAUAUAACACCAAUAGAUAAGGAGGAUCCUCUUGUAAAGCUACAGAGAGAGAUUCAUGCUGCAUUUUGUACAGAUGAAAUUAGAAGGAGUCCUCCAACCCCUCAAGACGAGAUGAGGGAAGGAAUGAGCUACUUUUAUGAAACAAUCUGGAAAGGUGUGCCUAAGUUUUUGAGGCGAGUUGACACAGCUCUGAAGAACAAUGGAAUAAAUGAACGUGUGCCAUAUAAUGCCCCUGUUAUUCAAUUCUCUUCUUGGAUGGGAGGGGAUCGUGAUGGAAAUCCCAGAGUAACCCCAGAAGUUACUAGAGAUGUUUGCUUACUGGCUAGAAUGAUGGCUGUUAACUUGUACUUCUCUCAGAUAGAAGGUCUUAUGUCUGAGUUGUCAAUGUGGCGCUGCAAUGACGAGCUCCAUGUUUGUGCUGAUAAACUCUAUAGUUUGUCAAAGAGGGAUGCAAAACGUUAUAUUG